CCUGAUUUGCAGCUCCUGUGCGCUCAGUCGCUGCCACGACUCUGGCCCUGUCCCCAGUCGGGCCCGAUGGACUCUCUGGGAGGCUGCCAGGGACGGCUGCGAGCAUGAGGCAAGGGCAGCCAUCGGGGAUCGUUAUGAGGAACGUGCUGUGGCUCCCAGCUGUUGCCUUCUUCUUCUUCCUGCAGCACAGUGCCAGUUGCACUGACCUUUCUUGUUUUGUGGACUACGCAGAGACGCUCUCCUGCUUCCUGAAAACAAACCUCAGCACCACCGGCGGGACCUCAUAUAACCUCACAGCAACAUGGGACAAAGACAACAUCUCCUGGAGCCUGGCAGAGCUCUCCAGAAACAGCACCCACGUGCAAUACGUGUGCUACGAGGACCAGACGCAUUUCUUCACUGAAGACACGUUCACGGUGUGCGUGGCCAAGCUGGCCGAGGGGCAGCAUGCAGCUUCCAAGAGCUGCAGGAACUUUCUCCUGGCUGAUAGCAUUAAGCCCUCCCCACCCUUCAACCUGACGGCCACAUUCUCCGACAAAUACAAUAUCUCUUGGGAAACCAUCUACCAGCACCCAGACUAUUACCUCCUGGGCGACGAGCUGGAGUAUGAGCUGCGGUACAAGAAGAGGAGUGACCCCUGGGAGAACCAGAGGACGAAGACAAUACCCGAGGACAAGCGGAGCCUGGUGCUCCUGUCCCUCGAAUUCGAAGCGGGCACCGAGUAUGAGCUGCAGGUGCGAGCCAGGCCCCAGGCCAGCAGGGACUUGUACCACGGCGUAUGGAGCGAGUGGAGCCCCCCACUGAGACUGACAACCAGCCCUCAGGUUGCUCAGACAAGGGGACCAGGAUCAGGAUCAGGAUCGGGAUCGGAAUUGGGAUCGGGGUGGCUGCUGGUGCUGGGCAUCAUCCUGGUGGCCGCUGUCUCCAUCACGCUGCUGCUGACCAAGCACCGCAGCCUGCAGGAGAAGAUGAAGAUUUUCAUCCCGAACCCAGCUCCCUUCUUCAAGCCGCUUUACAUGGUGCACAAUGGCGAUUUCAAGAAGUGGGUCGGCGUGUCCUGCACCAAGGUGACCCUGGAUUUAUUUGACUGGGGCACUGUUCUCCCCGAAGUGCUGGAAGUCUACAGCAAGCACCUGUCCAGCGAUGUCCCCAAGGAGGAGAAGAGAUUGCUGAGGAAGGACCCCCCUGGCAAGUCCUGUGGAUCCGGCCUGGCAGUGUGUGGCCCGGACAGUCUGUCCCUGCUGUCCAGUCUGAACAGCAGCCACGGGACCCCAGACCGGUCCUACGGCCACCUCUCCAUCGACACCGUCACUGUGGCCGAUGAGUUCAUGCCAUGUUCUUCCCAGUGCCGCUGUCACAGUGCUUCCCGGGGUCACGAGCCAUUGGGUGAUGAAAGCGCUGGCAAUGGAGAGGAUGGCUACCCCAAGCUGGACCUUGAUGGUGAUGGCAGAGACAGCUCCAGCGCAAUGGUGGCAGCUGACCUGAGCACCCAGGACAAGGUUGUUGCCUCGGGCUCUGUGUCCAUGGACUUCUUGCAGGGGGAAGGGGUGGGUGGCAUCUUGGGAGCCCUUUGUCUGCAUCCCAAUGACUGGGACUUGGGCAGCCCCACUUGUCUGCCUUCCCCCGGGGGUGACAGCACGUCCGACAUGGAGGGCUACGGCUUCCCGCGCAGUGAGAGGACCAUCGACGGGUACCCAACCAUCUGCCUGGACCUGGACACCAUUGACAGUGGCUUUGUGGACUCCGACUGUGGCAGCCCUGUGGACUGCGAGUUUGAGAGGAGCAGUCAGACUGACCCAGGGUCCGUCACGCUGGACAAGGAAGUCUCAGACUUCCCACGGAGCUACGUCAAACAGUGGGUCUCCUGCCGUCCUGCCACCCCAGUCGCCGGGACACCACCAGGCUGAGUACCAGGCACGUGCUCAGGGCUGUGGUGCUGUUCGUCACACAGCUCCCAGGCAAGGACUGACCAGGGCUCAGCAACACCAUCAGAGCAGAACAAAGUGCAUUUGGUGCGAACGGUGAUGUGAGCUGGCAGACCCACAGAGAUCAGCCUUUUCCUGGGGUUGUGUCACAUCAGCUUAAACUCACUCAGGGGUCUGGCAGCUUCCCAAGUCCAGCUCCUGCCCACGGAGCUGUGGACCCAGUCCAGGAAAAGCAGACAUAUCUCAGGACCUGCCUUUCACUGAAGCAAAUGCACAGGACAUUUUGAGCCUGGCUUGUAGAGACAAUGAGACUUUAAACUGACCAUUCCCCGCUGUUCCCCAUGAAUGACGGUGGCGGCGGCUGCUGCUCCCUCGUGCGUGGGCUCUGCAAGUCCCCCUUGGCAUGCGGCUCCUGUGAUAGUUCCCACCCUUGGCCCUUAACUCCCUCAGUAGCAGCUCAUACUUUUAGCUGUAGAGGCCCCGAAUCACAUCCUUUUGUCAGCGAGGCGGGAGUCACCCCGCGUGGCCUUCACCCGAACUGUAGCAUGCAAGGGGCUGAAUGCAGCCUGGGUCUCUCUAGGGCUUGGCAGCUGCUGCUCUGGGCCCUCUCCUGCUUCCAGAUGCGUCCCCACCACCUCCCAAACACCUUAAAUAUGUCCUGCUCAGUGUCACGUGUCCGUGGCCUUUGGAUUCAUACAAGCCUUCAUGGGCCGGUCGUUUGGUGGGGCUGCGCUCACACAGCUUGUGCACCUUGGCUUGGCUUGGCGGGGCCCGUGGGCACUGCUGUAGCAUAACUGCGCGGGAUGGCCCC